UACGAUCCUCGAAUUAUCUGGGCCAAUUGCACUACCUUCUAUAUCCGCGACCAAGCCAAUUGCGCCUCAAACUGGGCUGUGUCUACAGCAGCUGCAAUUUCGGAUCGUAUUUGCAUCGCUACCAAAGCUGAGAAACAGGUGAACAUUUCUGCCACUGACAUUUUGGCAUGCUGCCCCACUCCAAAGUGCGGUGGAGGGUGUGAAGGAGGCUGGUCUUUGAAGGCUUGGGAAUACUUCAUAUAUGAAGGAGUUGUUUCUGGGGGAGAGUACCUUACAAAAGGUGUCUGUCGUCCUUACCCGAUUCAUCCAUGUGGACAACACGGAAACGAUACCUACUACGGAGAAUGUUCUGGACAGGCGCCAACUCCACUUUGCACAAAGAAAUGCCAGCCUGGCCAUAGAAAACAAUACACGAUCGAAAAGCGAUACGGAAGGGACGCCUACUUCGUAAAAGAGUCGGUAAAAGCCAUCCAGAAUGAAAUACUGAAGAAUGGACCGGUUGUAGCCUCGUUUGUCGCCUACGAAGAUUUCAGCCAUUACAAAUCAGGAAUCUAUAGGCACAUCGCUGGUCGGCGAAGAGGUUACCAUACAGUAAAGAUGAUCGGAUGGGGAAGUGAAAAUGGAACAGACUACUGGCUCAUCGCCAACUCUUGGCACAACGAUUGGGGAGAAAAAGGAUACUUCCGCAUGAUCCGUGGAAUUAACCACUGUGGAAUUGAAGGAGUCGUAACCGCAGGACAUAUCGAUAUAGAAAGUCUCUAG